AUGACCAACCGAGGUGAAAUGGAGUCGAUGCUGCUCAGUGCACCAAUGGGAGUUGCCAGUGAAUCACUUGUCUCUAUCCUAUGCAUAGAGGCGACCUACAAGACGCAGCAAGCGCUCAAUAAUGCUCUCUCCGUGGAUGCAGCCCGCAACGACGGCGACAACGGCGUCGCGGUGGCGACAGAGGUACUGCGCAAGCUCCCUGGCACAAAGCUAUGCGUGUCACCCUACACAACCAUCCACUCUAUCCGGUCUUUCUUGCAAGAGCAGGAAGCCAUGGCGUCGUCGUCCUCGAGUGGUCGCGCGGGUUCAGAUACUAGGCGACAGCCGAACAGCAAGUCGCUGGCCAACGCUCAUUUCUUCGCCAUUCUCAGGCCACCAGCCUCCUCGGAGGAUGCGAAAGCCAAUGAGACUUUCCUUCCUCUCCAGAACACCUCGAGCCUUCAGGAUGUUCUCGCCUCCGCCCUCGUACUACGGUGCGCCGAUGAUGCCAACGUGGACGUGACUGAGCAGACAUUGCCUCUGGUAUACAUGCGCGAGUGCCAGUACGGAUUUGACGCCGGCGACUUCCUUCUCUGUGCGCUCUGCGCCGGACUCUGCGCUUGCUGUGUUGGUUUGUGCGCCUCCGGUGUUGCGGCCACGGCUACGGGGGGUAGGCGCCGCAAAGGGCAAAAAAAUCAAAAGCAGCAGCAGUAUCCAGCGCAGCAGUAUUCAGAGCAGCAGUAUCCAGCGCAGCAGUAUCCAGCGCAGCAGUAUCCAGCGCAGCAGUACUACGGCAACACCCUAGCUCCACCGUAUCAGGGCAACGCGCCCGGCGGUCAGCCGUACUCCUACGGUGCCCCCCCGCAGCAGCAACAGGGCGACUAUCCGACUGCGCAGCCGGCGUACUACAACUACAGCGGAAGGCCCGAGUACGAGCAGCCGCAGCAGGCGCAGAACCCGCCCGCUCAAUACUACUACUCGCCGCCGCCGGGUGAGCAGUCCGGUGGCAAAUACCAGAACUCAUCGAACACGGGUUGCGCGGCACCACUGUGA